UAUAAAGGCCAGCUCCUCCAUUCUCUUUUACCUUCUCCUAACACAAUGGCAAAGGGAUUUUAUGUCAGCAAGAUUGUUGCUAUUGUUGGCAUUGUUUUUUCUGUAGCUGCUGUAGCUACUGUCAUAGCUCUGGCAGUAGUGUAUGCUCAAGAAAAGGCAAGAAAUUAUGACCUACAAAAUCCUCCAGAUGUAUCAAGCACAACUACAUCUGGCACCAGUCCCACUAGUUCCAUCACCACCACCACCACUCCUCCAUCUGAUGAACCAUGGCUCAAAUACCGUCUUCCAAAAACCCUUAAACCAGAUCAUUAUGAUGUUCGACUACGGCCAGUUCUAGAGAAGAAUGCUGAAGGACUCUAUGUGUUUCACGGAAAAAGUGAAGCUUUCUUUACGUGUGAAGAAGCAACCAACCUUGUCAUUAUCCACAGUAACAAGCUCAAUUUCACCACAAAUCCCACAGCUAUUCUUAGGGAUAGUUCUGGGAAUGCUCUAACUGUGUCUAAGAUAGAAGAGGUGCCAGUAACACAGUAUCUGGUGCUACAUGUGUCUACCCCCCUGGAAGUUGGCAAAAAUUACUCUUUGUACACUGAGUUUGUUGGGGAGCUGGCAGAUGACCUGGCUGGAUUUUACCGGAGUGAAUAUGUGGAGGAUGGAGAAACCAAGUAAGGUUUUAGAAUGAUUAAACCUCACAAUAAGAUACGUCAGUGUUAGCUAUUGGUUGCCAACAUGUAUUUCUCCAGCUGUUACACAGCUAUGGAUCCCAUGAUCCAAAGAUAACUUGUCUAGCCAAGAGGAGCUAAGGUUACUAUAAUUUGCACCUCUCCAACCAAUGGUGUGUUACAUGGAAGCUACACCAGGAGGCUAUAUGUAAGGUCAUGUUGGUAAAUACUAAGCUUUCCUUAUUUAGUAUUCUCUAUUUUGCAUUUUCAACGUGGUUGAUGAGUUAUAUUACAUAACAGCACUUAAAAGAAUAAAAUGAUUAACCAUGCAAUGAUGCCAUAUUAUAUAAUAAUACAUCAUAAUACAUUACCAUAAUCAUUCAAAAUAUUUGGGAAAAAUAAAAAAGUGAUAUAACCAAUGGGCAUUAUGUAUAUGCUGAGAAGAACAUCAGUUUGUGUCUGAGAAAUAGUAUUAUCUAAUUAACCUUGCAUGUUAGAACCCCUGGUGUCAUUGGUGAUACAUUGUUUAGCAAGAAAUGUACCAGAAAAUAUACAUUCAGAGUUUUCUAGUUACAUUAUGGAAGAGUAACUUAAAAAAGUGCUAAUUGUGCAGUCCAUAAUUUUUAAAUGACCCAUGUUGAUAACUUUGCCCCAAAAAUCUUCUGUAUGUGGUGUUAUAUUAGCUACUGGACUAUCCACAACAAUAUGAAGGUGGAUACCAACCUUAGAUUCCCUAUAAUUUCAACCCUCCCCAACUACCUCUAAACUUACAUUAAUGUAUACACUGCUGUACCCCUUAUCAAAGCAGUGCUUCAUUAUGGAAAGAGUUAAAAUAAUGUUACUACAAUAUUUUUUAAAGUAGAGACAUUUAGGUGUCACUGUUAACGUUAUUAAGUUAUGUGACAUUUAAAUGCCAAUAUUUUUUUUUUAAAUGAAAUCCUCUUAAUUGCAGCGAUGGGACUUUUGCCUCAUACAUAUAUACAUAAUGAAUGAUUCCCUACAGACUACUUAAUAUUACAGAGUCUCCCUAACCUUUACCUAACUCCAAAUCUAAUCUUACCCUAAUUUGUAGUGCACCGUGAGCCACAUGAUACAACAGGGUCUCUUUUAGCUAACAUAUUUUUGUUUGUGACAGGAUCAUCGCUACCACACAGAUGCAGGCCCCGGAUGCCAGGAAGGCAUUUCCCUGUUUUGAUGAACCAGCAAUGAAAGCUACUUUCAACAUCACCAUUGUACAUAAACCAGACUAUGUGGCUCUGUCAAACAUGAAUCCUAUCAGUAAGUGACUGUGCUUAUUAUAAUUACAAUCAUUUGUAAAAGUACAUAUAUCUGUGUGAUUGGUCUGAUAAAUCACAUGACAGGUGACCAUGCAUAAAAUUAUGGAUGCCAAGUCAGCUUUCACGCUACUAAAGGAAUAUGUUGCACAUUGCGUGAAUAAAAAAAAAAACUAACGUGAAAAAACUCACAGUGAAUCAUAUGUUAUAAAGAUACGAAGAGUUUAUUAUUAUGAUUAUUAUUAAUAUUUAUAAAGCAAAUAGAGUUAAAAUUGUUAAACAAAAAAGCGCAAAUAAUACUAAAAAUAUGAAGAAUAAUGGUAAAACUAUAAUAAAUUAUUAGCUGCUAAACACAUAAAUGAUUAUUCCUAAAAUAGUGAAUUGAAAGUGUAAGCGCUUAGUAGAUUGGUUCCAUAGUAAAUUCUAAUGGGUUCUAAUACAAAUAUAUUAGCAAUAUUGUGCAAAGCUUAUAUAUCUACACACACUUCCCCAGUGGUGUGCAAGAUAUAUGUAGAGUAUUAGAUAGGAAUAUAUCAAUAAACAUUAAUUGUAUAAAAUAAUCAAAAUGUAUUAUGUUUUAAAACACGGGUAUUCCUAACUAUUGCUAUAAAUAGCUGCUAACACAGUAAAAAUAAGUGAUAAUGAGUACCAACAAUCACUAGAUGAUUCAACGGAGUCAGUGAUGUAAAGAGAGUAAAGUGUUCCUGUGGAAUAUAUUACCACUCCUUCACAGGCAGCAAGACCCGCAUGGCAAUUGGAGGCUUAACUGCUGGAUGAUAUCUUUAUGAAGGUGAUGAUUUAAAAGCUUGUUCUUGUGUCCAGAUAGAUACUCUUGUAGCAGAUGGAUCCAUUACAUGCUAGAUUCCCAGCCGCAGUGAAAGUUUCUUAGAGCAAGCUGAAACUGUGUUGCAAUUAAAUAGUUUUUAAAUCAUUACCUUCAUAAAGAUAUCAUCCAGCAGUUAACCCUCCAAUUGCCAUGCGGGUCUUGCUGCCUGUGAAGGAGUGGUAAACAGGAACACUUUACUCUCUUUAAACUUAAACUUGACUCUGUUGCAUCAUCUAGUGAUUAUUGGUGCUCAUUAUCACUUAUUUUUACUGUGUUAGCAGCUAUUUAUAGCAAUAGUUAGGAAUACCCGUGUUUUAAAACAUCAUAAAUUUUGAUUAUUUUAUACAAUUAAUGUUUAUUGGUAUAUUCCUAUCUAAUACUCUACAUAUAUCUUGCACAACGCUGGGGAAGUGUGUGUAGAUAUAUAAGCUCCGCACAAUAUUGCUAAUAUAUUUGUAUUAGAACCCAUUAGAAUUUGCUAUGGGACCGAUCUACUAAGCGCAUACACUUUCAAUUCAAUAUUUAAAAUGCGCCAAGUUCCGCAGCGCUGUACAAUGGAUCGACUAACAGACGUGUUUUUAACCAGAUGAGUUGGACAUACAGGAACAGAGGGAUUGAGGGCCCUGCUCAAUGAGCUUACAUGCUAGAGGGAGUGGGUUAUAGUGACACAAAAGGUAAAGGAAGGGUAGAAAAGUAGGUUGCUAGGAUAGUGUUCACUGAGGGCUUAGUGUUGUUAUGAUGACAGUUACAGGAGAGGAAUUAAGGUGUCGGGAGAGAAAGCUGAUUGAUUAUUAAAACCACACUAACACAGUAUACCACAGGAAACCACACUAACACAGUAUACCACAGGAAACCCCACUAACAGUAUAAAGGGACCAAAUUGAUCAUGGACACGCAAUAUAGGAGAAGCAACAUUAAUCACUAGGAAGAACUCCAAAUUUAGCAAAAGAAUUAUGAGAAUAGGUUAACUGCAAACGGUCCUUGGUGAUUUCAAACAUUUACAAUAUUAGAGCUCACAAGUUCAUCUUAUAAAUUUAUAAAUUCCGUACAAGAUUAUUUCAUGUUCCCAAUUUUCACUGUAUAUUUCUUGCCGUAGUAUUUAUAUAAUAUGUUUUCUGAUUUUCUAAAACUUUAUCAAACUCCAUUUCUGCAUACUAAUAUAUUUGAGCGAACUUUAAGAAAGGGCUAAUUGUAUGCUUUGUGAUUUCUAAUGUUUCUCUGACACUAAUGUUUCUUUUCUGUAGGUCAAACUAAUAUAACAGAAGAUGGUGAACAAUGGACUCAAACUGUUUUUGAUAAAACCUUCAAAAUGUCCACGUACCUGGUGGCAUUUAUAGUGUCUCAGUUUAAAGCAACUGGUGCUGCAGGAACUAGUGAUACUAUUGGGGUAAGUUAGUUAAUACAGGUUAUUCACAAAAUCGAAAUUUUUCAUUGAAUUGCAAAACUUGUAUAAAACAGUUUAAUGUAAUAAAUAAAUAAAUCCCAGUAUCAGCUAUGUGGUAAAUGCAAUCUAGUUAUAGUACAAAUUUGCAUUUUUUAUUGUGAUUACUGAUUCGAAAACUAUCUCAUCUUCUAAAACUUCUAAACAAAAUGCCCUUCUGAAUGUAUCCAUUGAAACAAAGUCUGAGUGAUAUUUAAAAAAAAUUGCAUUUGCUACAACUUGAGCUCACGGUAUAUCAGCAAGCAAACAUUGUAAAAUACUCUAAAACCACUUUAAGCAGGGCUUUCUAUAACAAGGAGCAAGACAUAAUCCUCCUUCUCUCAUCUUAAGUGUGGGAGAGACAGGGACAAUAAAUCACAAAACCAAGUAACUAAGUUACUGUACGUCUAUCAUUGUAAAUCACUGUGUCACACAGAAUUUUUAUGAAAUAUUUUUAUGCUAAUGAAGAAAUCUGGGUAUUAUUUUAUCACGCGCGCUAAAGCUAAAUAUGAAUCUAUUCUGUUUUACUUGGAUUUUGCUAUAUGUAAUCGUUAAAAAAAACUCCCAUGACUAAUUACAUAUUUUUCAUACUUAGAACCAGGAAAACUGGACAUUAUCCUAUCUAUCUUUCACAUUAGGUCUAACUUUGGCCCAUUUAUAUUACAAGGCUUUCCCCUGGAAACUGUACUUUACAUAGUAAUAUCAAUUAUGUAUUCAUUGUAGAUGCAACUUCCCAGUCAGUAGAAAUGUGGCAUCAAACUCUCCAUUAUUAACCUCUUCAUCCCUGAUAGGGGAAAGGGUAGGGCAGACUCUUAUUUUGCGUUGGUUUGGGAGUAUAUGCAAAUUAAAGCAAAAGUGAUAGAGGGAAGAGUAAGAUGGUUCGGGAUACCCAGCCAGAUUUCAAAUAGAGAAAGAGGUUAAGGUGUAGCUGGGAGUGGGGCUGUUCCAAGAAAUUGUAGGUGGCAUUCUAAUAACAAUUUAUGCAACUAAAAUGUAAUUUAGAACAAGAACAAUGUAUCUAUGUAUCUUAUUUACACAUACUGAUUUCUAAAUGCAUUUAUUGUAGUUUAAAUACACAUUACUGUGAGAAUUAUUGCUGUGGAGCUCUGACACUCAGACACACCAACUAUAUGGAGCUCCUAUAAAAGAGGGACAUUAGUUUAGAAAAGAGGGACAUUAGGAUAGAAAAGAGAGACAGAUAGAUCUGGGCCCAAAAUAUUAUCUGCCCCUCCUGUUUCCUCACAUUCAUUAAAAGUGGCACAUUUAAAGGUAUGGUUAUUCAUAUAUUUGAAAUUCUUUAUUUUUGCAUUUUAAAGUUUAUUACAGGUAUUCGGUAUAAAUGUACAUGUCGUGCUUGAAGUUUGCCUUUACAUUUGAUAUAAUAUACUUUUAAAGCAUAGAGUCAUAUAUAUAUAAUACAGCGUACAUAUGACUGUUUUGGUUAUUGGCAUGACAUCAGUUUCACGACAUUGGCUAAAACAAAAUUUAACAAUUCAUUUCUUCAUUUCUUGUCGGUUAGACAAGGUAACUUAAAUUUUCGUUAACUUGAAUAAAUUAACUUGGGUAGGUAGUCUAGGUAUGUGCAUCCUAGGUAUUUCCACUUGGGAUCCGUGACUUCCUUUCUCAUGUUGGUUGAUGUGGGGGUGAUGAUCUUGAGUAUUAGCCACCGGUGAAUGCCCCGUUUUCUGGAAUCUGUUGUCAUGUGCUUGUGGUCAGGGGUUAGAAGAGUGGCAACAGGAGUGGCUUUUCAUGUUAAUGGCCGUUUUGCUGGGUGAAUAUUUUCCCCUAGGUAGCUGAUGUGGCCUGGUGAGGUGCUGUUUGACGGUAGGGUAGAGUUGUGGUUGUAUUGAAAUGUGGUACACAUGGGUGCGGUUGAUCCUGGUUGUGGAUGUGGGGGUGGAGAGCGGGGGUGGACUUUUUAGGUUCUUGUGUUGGUGGUGUAGUGUGUCAUGUAAGUGUGGGGGGGGGACAGAAGUAGAGAAAAGGAAAGAUAACACUGAGGGAGAAUGAGUAGUUUGAAGUAGUAAUUGGGGUUCAUGACAGUGGUAGAGUUGGUAACUAGCGUCUUCUGCUGGGGCCCAGCCUCUAUUGAGGCAUCGGGAAUUCGAAGAGCUAUGGGUUCCAAAUUUUGUCAAAGUGUUUAGUUGUAUCAUGGAUUAGGGUGGAGAGCCAAUCAAUUUUCGAAGUGCUAUGGGUUCCAAAUUUUGUCAAAGUGUUUAGUUGUAUCAUGGAUUAGGGUGGAGAGCCCAUCCAUUUUCCUAGCUUCUUCAACUUUAUGUUUCACCUCCACUCUGUUACCCCUUUGCACCUAAAAUGAAGAGGUAGGAAGUGAUUUGGAAAAAUAAUAAUAUUGUUAACUUCUUCAUCAUAGCCUAUAAACCUUAACAUGCAUAAGGAAAAUUCAGGGUCACUACAACCCUCCCCUCCCAGGUAAAUGGCGGUGCUUUGAAUUCUGACUCAAUAGUUUUGAACUUCACUUACCAAUGGUAGGCUGUCAAAUGGUAUAGAGGAGAUGCAAAAUACUCCUCUAUGCCUCAUACAUGAUGUAAAGGAGGCGGUGGAAGACAGUUUUGUCUAAUUUUUGUUAGAGGAUUCUGAGGUUUUUACAGGGCUGGGUAUAUAGGUAAGGUGCCUGCAGACACACAAUUCUAAGGUGACCCCUGCUCCCCAUCCUAAAAAAGCAGUUAAAUAUAAUAUAGUAUACAUGCAGAUAAAGCAAGUAUAAUCAAUGUAUUAACUUGACAUUGCAAGUUUAAAAAUUAUAUACUCAUAUUUGACAACUUGAUAUGUAUAACUGUAUGUGCACAUUUCUGCUCUGCUUGUAAUGUAUUGUGUUUGAGUCUGUGAGUAUAGUGAGUGUAUGCAGCUGUGUAAAUGAAUGCAGGGUUAGAGAUUAUGUUAUAAUGGUUACGGUAAAAAAGAUUAGACAGGAAUUAACUUGAAAAUUAGAUUGUGGGUGUUUAUUGUUAAGAAGAAUAAACGCUUGAGAAGGAUUAAAGUUAUAGUAUAAGGGCUGUUAAUACUGAUAAAAGGUUGAGUAUUGGUAUUAUAGUUAGAGUGGGCUUAAAUUUCGUAUUUUGAUACAGUGGGUGAUUUAGGAUUAUUGAGUUUAGGGCUAGGUUAAAUGUAUUUUUGAGGUACAUGAGGUGUUUAGUUUUUAAAAGAAGUUAAGCAAACGGUUUAUUUUGAGGUCUAGGCUUUGAGUGCCUUAAUAUGGAAAAAUUACUUAGGUUUUUUUUUUUAGGUUUUGACAGGGUUACAUUUAUGGUAAGAGAAAAUGUGCAUUUAGGGUAUGUGGAGUUUAAAGAGUCAAUUGCAAAGUUAUCAACCUCCUAAAUUGGGACAAUCCUUGGGUCCCAGACGCCUCAGUGCAUAAUAACUUGGGGUGCCCCCAGGUGGCGUUGUCAUCUUACUAACCCCUCCCCUUUGCAAUGACUUCACCUCUCCAUCUAGACACACACUCACUGACAGUCACACACACUCACUGAUUUGACACACACUGACAGAAGCAUAUUCAGACACAUUGACACACACUCUCAAUGACAGAUACACAAUCUCACUGAUUUGAAACACUCACUGACAGACACAAAUGCUGACAGACACACACAUACACACUUACUGACAGACACUCUCAAUGACAGACACACACUCUCAAUGAUUUAAAAACGCUCACUGACAGACACAAAUACACUGACAGACAAUGCCAGCUAGGUGCCGUUAGGUGCCCUGUGCAAAAAAUCCUCACAUCACCCCUUCCUGACCCUUCCCUUGACCUACCUAAAAGUAUUUCACCAUCUAAGCCAAAACAAUAUAACUUGGACAAUAUAGCUGACCUGAAAAUAAAUUAAGUGGAUAUUUUUGUUCCAUUUCAGCUGUUUUUGAAUAGGUUAGUCCUUACCAUGCCAAUAGAUUAGAAUAAACGUUUGUGUGUUACUUCACACCUCCCCAACUCCUUUUAUGUUUUUCCUGAUUCUUCAUUAAUGUCUCUCCUAAACCCUUCUUUCCACCUUGCAUGUCUCUUUUUCUUUUACAGUCUUGUUUCUUAACCCACUGUUUCUUCUUGUGUGUUUCUUAAUCCCUUUUAAACCAUUUUUUUGACCCCACAUAAAUAAAGUCACAUGCAUAGAUGCAAUCACAUAUACAUACAGACAUAACCAUAAUCACAAACUGAACACAUCAAUAUUGAAUAAAAGGGACUGCACUCCAGUCACAGAAUUCCAUUUCUUUUGAAUGAUAUAAAAGGCAAAACAAAAGCAAAAAAAAAAAAAAAGGGGGGGGGUUCUCCAAACUAAGGAGUUGACCACAUCUCCAGAUAUAUGUGAAACACAAAACAAGGAAGUCCAGCACUGAGCGUUCUAAAUCACAACAUACAUCAUCACACAAUUACACACACAGCCCCAUGCAUACCUAGACAGUCACACACAAUACAAUACACACACAUUUGCACUGUCAUAUGGACACUAUAUCGGUCACAUACAUACACACAAACACACACACACACACACACAAACACAUACACAGCAAGUCACAUACUUACUCAAUAUAAGUAACAACAGCCUAUCAGUGUCACAUACACACACUGGCGUACAUACCGCGGUAUGUACACCAGUUUGCCAGCCUCUUCUCCUGGAGGCCCCCUGAGGCUGGCAGUGGUGUCGGCGGGCAGGUGGGUGCGCAAGGGAACAUUCUCCCCUGAGCGCUCUCCGUCCAGCUCCCUCGCGCACACCGCAGUGAUGCCAGAGCCGGAAUAUGAUGUCACUCCAGCUCCGGCAUCAGUAAGUGGCACGCGAGGGAGCAGGGCAUAGAGCACUCAGGGGAGAAUGCUCCCUCGCCGCCUGCAGUGACUGGCCGCCCACCAGCAACACUGGACCCCAGGGAAAGAUGGAAUCUCCACAGCACUCCGAAAGGUAGGGAGGCUGGGGGAUUAAAUUUUAAAAAACAAAUGUGAGUGUGUAUGUGUGUUAGUGUUAGUGUGUGUGUUAGUUUGUGUGUGUCUGUUAUUGAGUGUGUGUCUGCUAGUGAGUGUCAGUGUUUGUGUGUGUGUUAGUGUUAGUGUUGGUGUUAGUGUAUGAAUGCGUGUGUUAGUUUUGUGUUAAUUUGUGUGUGUCUGUUAUUGAGUGUGUGUUUGCUAGUGAGUGUGUGUGUGUUAGUUUGUGUGUCAGUGAGUGUGUGUGUGUCAGUGAGUGUGUUACUGUGUGUCUGUUACUGAGUGUGUUAGUUUGUGUGUGUCUGUUAGUGAGUCUGUUUGGUGUCUGUAAGUGAGUGUGUGUUUGUCAGUGAGAGUGUAUGUUUUGUAAGUGAGUGUUUAUGUGUGUCUGUCUGUCAGUGAGUGUGUAUGUAUGUCUGUCACUGAGUUUGUGUCUGUCAGUAAAUGUGUGUAUCUGUUAGCUAGUGUGUAUGCGUCUGUUCGUGAGAGUGUGUGUGUGUGUGUGUGUGGUUAAAACCCCUUCAGCACUUACCUUUCUCCAGCAUUGGGCUCCCUUGGUGCUGGGGAUCUCUCAGCCCCGAUCCGACUCUCAGCUCCGAAUGCGCAUGCACAGCAAGAGUCGCGCGUGCAUUCAAACCGCCCAUAGGAAAGCAUUACUCAAUGCUUUCCUAUGGACAUCCGGCGUCUUCUCACUGUGAUUUUUCACAGUGAGAAUCACAGAAGCGGCUCUCGUGGCUGUCAGUGAGACAGCUACUAGAGGCUGGAUUAACCCUCAGUGAAACAUAGCAGUUUCUCUGAAAAUGCUAUGUUUUCAGCUGCAGGGUUAAAACUAGAGGGACCUGGCACCCAGACCACUUCACUGAGUUGAAGUGAUCUGAGUGCCUAUAGUGGUCCUUUAAGUGUAUGUGUAUCUGCAUGCACUGGCGUACAUACCGCGGUCGCAGGGGUCGCAGCCGGGGGGGGGCAUGGAUCAAUUUUCACUCCGGAGCCCCAUGGAUCGUGUGUACGCCACUGCAUACACACAGUCCUUGCUUUCAUGAGCACCGGGAGGAUGAGAGGAGGCUAGGGUCCCUAGGGUAUAGUGCUCAGGAGACAGGCAUUCAUUCCUGCUUCCUCUCUGUGCAGCAGUGGCUCUAGACUUGGUGACACCUUCUUAAACAAUUAUCUCAAUAAACUAAUUUGUAUAAAUUAUUUUUUCAUGCAAAGCUUCUAUGUAAAAUAGUUUUCCUUAUUUCAGUUUGCUGUAUAUGUUCAGUUAUGUAUGCACCCGAUACACAAAUGAAUACACAUACAUAUAAAUCCACAGAUCAUAUCUCAUACAUGCAUAGACAUGCGCACAUUCACAUACAUACACAGACACACACUGUCACGUACAGAGGCACAUACCAACAUACACAGUAGCAUACAUACAUACCGGGUUAUUUACAAAAGUGAGAAUUGUCAGGAAUCCAUAGUGGAUUUCAAAGUGGAUGAAAGAAUAAUCAAACUGGAAGCAUUGAAUUCCUGACAAUUGUUUUAGUGCAUAACCUUGUCAGACAUGAAUUAACACACACCAUCACAAUCAUCACAGACACACAUCGUCACAUCAUCAUGGACACAGGCACACCAACACACAGUCACAGGCAUACACGCAUUAACACAGUUACAAACAUUCUUAAAAAAACACAGGUACAUACAUUAAAGGACACACAGCACAUACUUAGACAUAAAAUCACAAACACAGUCCCAUACAUGCAUACAUAGGUAAACAAUAGCGGGUACAGAGUCACGCACUGACUGCUUAUGUAUCGUAGGUUAAAAGUAGGUUAAUUGAAUUGGUGUUCAGGUGUGGUUAUGUGACAGGGUAGAUAGUUACACUCAGCAGAGUAUUGCUGGUGUAACACCACCUUCACUCAGCAGCUCCUUUGCCAGCCACAUACUGGGGGACGUUAUAGGGUUCGGAGGUUUUCAAAGCUGCAUUCUAAAGCAGCCACUAACUCUAUUGAGUCCUACGGUGUUCCAAGUUGCAAAACUCUUCCCUGCAGCGCCCCGCCAUUCUAGUGCUUGAUCACAAAUGCCCCCUCAAAUGAUCCAGUGGUAUCCUAUAUCAGUUGCCCAGCAGUCCAGUGGUGAAUAGCAAGAAAUGCACGUCCGGUUGUUUCAGAUCAUAAUACCCACUCCUUCGCUGAUCCGGCUUUCAAUGUUGUCAGAUCGCAGGCUGCUAAUCUCUGAGCCUGUGCUGUGACUCACCAACUGAGCGUCGGAACCACGAGGGAGAGGAUAUGAUGUAACUGCAUCUACUGCUGGUGUGCACCAGUGGACCAUGAGGGAAUCAUUUAAAAUUUUAUAUGCUGGUGUCACCAACUUGCGAGGUGUGUUGGCCACCGGGCGCAUCUGUUGUCAUGGCACUCUGCGUGACCGCAAAGCUUUCACACCCCAAAGGAUUUCCCUGCUGACAGACACACUGGCACUCACUCUCAAUGACACAAACUCAGGGCUGCCAUCAGAACUUUUGGGGCCCCUGACAUAGCUCAAGAUCUAGGCCCCCAGAACCCAACAGCAAGUCCGCACAUAAGGAUACAGUGUGUGUAGUGGACGCAGUGUGUCUGCUAAUGGUGGUGUGUGUAUAGAGGAUGUGCAAUGUGUGUAGUGGAUGCAGAGUAUGUGUAAAGUGGAUGCAGAAUGUGUGUGUAAAGUGGAUGUGAUGUGUGUGUGUGAUUGAUGCAGUGUGUAUAGUUAAUGUAGAGUGUGUGUUUGCACAGUGGAUGUACUGUGUGUGUGUAUUAGAUGCAGUGCGUGUAGUGAAUGCAGACUGUGUGUUUGUGCAGUAGAUGCAGUGUGUAUGGUAAAUACAGAGUGUAUGUUCUUGUAGUGGAUGCAGUGUGUGUGUAUAGUGAAUGCAGUGUGUGUGUGUAGUGGAUGUAUUGUGUGGAUAGUAAAUGCAGAGUGUGUGUGUGUAGUGGAUGCAGUGUGUGGAUAGUGAAUGCAGAGUGUGUAUUUGUGUAGAGGAUAUAGUGUUUGUGUUUAUUAGAUGCAGUGUGUGUAGUGAAUGCAGACUGUGUGUUUGUGCAGUCAAUGUAGUGCGUGUGUGUAUAGUAAAUACAGAGUGUGUGUUUAUGUUGUGGAUGUAGUGUGUGUAUAGUGAAUGCAGAGUGUCUGUGUGUAGAUUGUGAAUGCAGAGUGUGUGUUUGUGUAGUGUGUGUAAAUGUUGUGUGAAUUAGGGGCAGCAUUCUGUGGGAAAAACUGAGCUUUUUUUCCAUUUAUUUUAAUAUAUUUUAUUUUAUAUCCCCUUCUCUGCUUUUUACCUGUGGCCAGGGAGGGGGGAGAUGCCCGGUGGCUUAGUGCAGAGAGCCAGGUGCUGUACACAGCAGAGGGGGCCCAGCGAGCGCCAUCUUUACUUCCCAGUUGAUCCUCUCUUCUAACCGUCUCCUGCGCCUUCCUCACUCGGCCCGGUAUAUUGCUGCAGAGUAGGCACCUGCCCUCUGGGAUAAGCAGGUGCCUACUCUCCAUUGCUAAAUAAACGCCGCUCCGGGGGUGCCCUUAAGUGGCCUGCUGGCCACCUUCUGGGCUCCUUGUGACAGGCCAUUGGCCUGCUCCGCACGGCGCCCCCACCUCCUGGUCCCUGUGUGCGGUGCACCCUGUGUGCGGUGCACCCCGUGCACCCGCCCAGGAUUGACCCUGCUCCCAUAUCUUCUAUAGAUCAGCAAGUCUCCUAAGAAUUAUCUUAGAGCAGCAGUAGCUGUUAUACAAUGUGCGUCACUCAGUGUCUCCCUUACAUGUCCUGAAAUGUAUUUCCUGUGGGUGAUCCACUUCCUAGCCAGCCUCACACACAGACACUGGAGCUGGGACAGCACUCAGUUUUCUCAAUUUCUAUAACUAUUCCUACAGCUCUGCUAUUAAAGCUGACUGGACUACAGAGGACAUUGGACAAGCAUCCUGGUACUCCAGUCUUGAGUUCUUAGUGUUCCACACUUGUUUUCUAUUUUUUUGUUUGCUUUAUUGUGCACCUGCUAGCAAUUCAUGGUUACAGAAGUUUCAUUUACAUGCUCAUUUUUGGAAGGUCAGAAAUGAAACCCUAAGAUAUUCCUACAAUACUUUUAUGACCAUUUUUUUCUUUGUAUCGAAAAAUUUAGAUGGUUUUAAACAGAGAAUAUCAGCCCUAAUGAACUCAUCAAAUUGUCAUAAAUGCUGACAGUUGACAUGAUGACUACAAAUUUAGAACUUGCCGAACACCCCUUAGAGUUUCACUUGUAUGACAUUGUAUAUAUUUCUGCUUAAGCAAAGAAUAAAACGAUGUACCAAUUAUGUUAUAUACGCACACUUAUCAUUAAUAUUAGGACACAUAGUGCUGUCCAAGACGGUAUGAUUAAACAGGACAAGUAGUAAACAGAUAGGAAGCAGCACAUCUUUUGGUGGGCAAGAGUUAUAUAUUCUGUUAAUUUUAAUUCUGUAGGUUCAGAUCUGGGGCCGUAAGAAAGCUAUUGAAGAUGAGAAACAAGGAGAAUAUGCUUUGAAUAUAACAAAACCCAUUCUGGAUUUUUUUGCUGAAUAUUAUAACAUCUCUUACCCUCUGCCAAAAUCAGGUAUGGUCAUCAUGUCAUUUAAUUAAAAGUAAAAAGCAUAGGAAUAUAUGUACAUUGUGGCUCUUUUUAUUCUUACUGUUUCCUAUAGUUUUUUUGGUUCAGACGUAUAAGACGUGGCAUGAUUCUGUUUAUGCAUUUAUAUAUAAUGGUUGCCUUUACUGAAAGGUAGUUAUAUUUAUUUGACUGUUUGUUUGUUUAUUCAUGUCAACUCUGAUUUGUGUCCUGCAGACCAGGUAGCCAUACCUGACUUCAAUGCCGGAGCGAUGGAGAACUGGGGCCUAGUGACAUACAGGGAGACAGCCCUGCUAUUUGACCCUGCUGUAUCAUCAAUCAGCAACAAGGAACGAGUAGCCACAGUGGUAGCCCAUGAGAUGGCUCAUCAGGUACCUUUCACAUACAUACAGGGUAGACACAAGACUACCUGGAGUGCUAGAAAAACAAAGGCGAUUUAUUUAUAUUUGGUCCUUUUUCUUGGAGGGGGGUGGCUAUUAUAUCUACAGGGUUUUGUUGUCUUUUCACCCUAUAAAUUAGUUUUUUAAUGUAUGCCAUUGUCUUGGUAAAGCAGCAGAUUUAUCAUUUUUUGACACUUUUUCUAUUACAAAGGUGUUCUGUUUUAUUUCCCUUUUUUUCUGUCACUCUAAAUGUGACAGCAUUUUCUGAUAUGUAUAUGUCUAUGAAAAAUGGCAGGAUUUAAACAGAGACAAGUCAACUUUUAAACAGUUUUAGGACAACUUAAUUAAUAAAUAUAAACAGAUUAUAUUAGUAUGGAAACAGUGUGAUUCGGAAUAGUCUAACAUCAUUAUAGAUAUGUGGCCUCUUAUAGUACAACAUUGUUAUUAUCAAUUAAUAGAUAAUUAUAGUGUUAACUAAAUGCAUGUCCACAACCUCAUUUAUUAUGUGUGUAGGAAACUAAACAGAAAUGUUACUAACAAUACGUAGAAAUGCAAACAGAGGUAGUAAACUAAUUCCAUAAUGCCUUAGCAACCUCUGGAGGUUGAACAAGCAUAUGAUUAGUGUUUUCUGUAUUGGGUACAUGAUCCAAAAAAUGUUAAAUAAACUCAUCUACAUCGUAUAGGUCAAAGGUAAAUGAUGGCGACUGUUGCAGCUAUGCUCCAAAGGCCAUUGUCUCAGUACUAGUAUUGGAUAAAACCACCAAUAACGUAAAAUGUUAAAUAGUAUUUUUUUCUAGCCUUAAGAGAUGUCUCUUUUUUAGAUAUAAUAAUUCAUGGUAAAAAAAAUGUAAUAUUCCGAGAUGUUCCAAACCUAUAUAGUCAAAUAUAUUUGUAUACAUUUCAUUAUUUCUGAGGUUCUUAUUUGCCAAUAUCCCAUGUUGUAAUGUAAAUUUCACUGCUACCACAUGUUUAUUAAUAAGACAUUUUGGAAUCAGCGAUGGUAACAUUUCAAUUUGUACAUCUUGUGUUUUUUGGCCCUGACAGUACUGUAAGUUUUAUUAACCAACAAUAAUUCAUUUUUGAAAUCACCAUCUUUGAAACAAUGUCACAGGUACAGGUUUAGGCCUAAAUGAGAUUUGAACAUGGACAUAAUUAUUUUAUAUUCAUGUGUAUGUGUACCAUUUACUUUGUAUUUGUAAUCGUCUUCUCUGUGUACCUAAUAUCUAAUUCCUCUUUAUAUCUAUGGAAAACAAAGCUAUCCAUUUGAUGUCUAAAAAGAACACAUCCAAUUUAUAUACAUAAUGGUUAAUCUUAGACUUGUGCCUAGCAAAAACAUUUGGGUCAUCCAAAUCAAUUUGGCCAAGUUCCAGUCCACUGCAAAUACAGAGAGAAUGUUGCACAUUUUCUUCAACCAUUUGGUUCACAGAUCAAGUGAAACCAGCUGCAUGUAAAGAAUAGAGGGGGCAAAGAAGGAGUAGUAAAAAUAAAAUCUACAUUUAUAUAGAAGAGUUUCAUUAAAUAUACGAUAUAUCAAUAUAGAUUUAUUUGUACUGCACCUCCUUUUUCUCUGUAGUGCUCACUUUUUACUUGAUUUGUAAAUAAAAUCAGCAUUUUGUGGCUGCCCCUAAUAUCAAUCAUUGCUAUUUUGAUUGAACUCCAAAUAAAAAUGUUUUUUUUUUUUAAAAAGAUUGUUUAGUCCUCAUUUUGUGAUUUGUCAUACAGUGAUUCAGAAUUACAUCUUGAUGGUCAACCCCAAAUGUGGAUGAAUCGCAAUUUGCUUGAUAUCGAGUGCACAAGCCUAGUCAAUUCUUCUUUAUUCUAUGUGUUUUAUAGUGGUUUGGAAAUCUUGUGACCAUACAAUGGUGGAAUGAUCUGUGGCUGAAUGAAGGUUUUGCUACUUAUGUGGAAUAUUUGGGAGCAGACAAAGCAGAGCCCACCUGGAACAUAGUAUGUAUUGUCUUUUAGGUAGUACACAACUUUUAGAGAUGCUACAUUGAGAAAGAAUAUAUUUUGGUACCUAACCAUAUUAUAUUUUGGCAUAUAACCAUGUUAAAUGUGCACUUGUUGUCUCCUUAAACAGAUUUCUGUAACUUUUUAAAUAAAGGAUAAUUUAUUUUGUUGUUAGAAGGAUUAUAUUCAUGCAAUUUAACAAGUGUUCUAUAUAUUCAUUAGACGAUUGCCAGAAAAUAUGUAGGUGAUGGGAGCAAAGCUUGAUAGAUUCUAUAAACAGCACAAGAUCAUUUAUUUCUAAUUCAUGUUAGUUAAAAGAAAUAUUAAUAAUUCAAUAAAUGUAAAUUACAGUAGAUUUGAAUUUUCUCUAACCCAUUUUGUGUAAACCUUUUCAGAAAGAUUUGAUAGUGCUAAAUGAUGUACAUUAUGUAAUGGCGGUUGAUGCACUGGCUUCUUCUCAUCCACUGACAUCGAAAGAGGAAGAGGUGAACACCCCAGCACAAAUAAGUGAACUCUUUGACUCCAUUGCUUAUAGCAAGGUGAGAUAAUUCACAAAUGUCACUGCAUGUAUACUGCAGCUACAUCUAUAAUAGGCCAACCUGUAGUCAUCAGCUGCAUGUAUGAUAGGCCAACCUGUAGUCAUCAGCUGCAUGCAUGAUAGGUCAACCUGUAGUCAUCAGCUGCAUGCAUGAUAGGUCAACCUGUAGACAUCAGCUGCAUCCAUCAUAACCCAACCUGUAGUCCUGUAGUCAUCGGCUGCAUGCAUGAUAGGUCAACCUGUCAUCAGCUGCAUGCAUGAUAGGUCAACCUGUAGACAUCAGCUGCAUGCAUCAUAACCCAACCUGUAGACAUCAGCUGCAUGUUUCAUAACCCAACCUGUAGACAUCAGCUGCAUGUAUCAUAACCCAAUCUGUAGACAUCAGCGGCAUGGAUGAUAGGCUAACCUGUAGUCAUCAGCUGCAUGCAUGAUAGGUCAACCUGUAGUCAUCAGCUGCAUGCAUGAUAGGUCAACCUGUAGACAUCAGCUGCAUCCAUCAUAACCCAACCUGUAGUCCUGUAGUCAUCGGCUGCAUGCAUGAUAGGUCAACCUGUAGACAUCAGCUGCAUGCAUGAUAGGUCAACCUGUAGACAUCAGCUGCAUCCAUCAUAACCCAACCUGUAGUCCUGUAGUCAUCGGCUGCAUGCAUGAUAGGUCAACCUGUAGACAUCAGCUGCAUGCAUCAUAACCCAACCUGUAGACAUCAGCUGCAUGUUUCAUAACCCAACCUGUAGACAUCAGCUGCAUGUAUCAUAACCCAAUCUGUAGACAUCAGCGGCAUGGAUGAUAGGCUAACCUGUAGACAUCAGCUGCAUGGAUGAUAGGCCAACCUGUAGACAUCAGCUGCAUGCAUGAUAGGUAGGUCUGCUGUCCAGUACUGAAAAGCUUAUCAGACCUCUCUUGCAGCCCCCAAAAAAAGAAACUGAUAGAUAAGUGUUUUAUUAGCAAUAGUUUUUGCAUACAAGGGAUCCUGGGCCAAAACUAACCUUGUGUAAUCCAGAGAAAAGAUUUUCUUUAAUAUAAGCAAAUUAAGGAACAUAAUUCACUUGCUAAUUUGGUUUUAUGUUUAAGUGAUGAAUCGUUACAUUUUAAAAUCAUUCAACGUAACAAAAACCCAUCUAUCUCUAAGACAUCCGUUCACUAACACCCGAGUUGAGGGUGUACGUGCAAAUUAUCCUUUAGGCAUUCACUAAUAUUAACUGAGGUACAAUUUGUCCAUUUACUAAUAUUAACUGAGGUACAAUUUGUCCAUUCACUUAUAUUAACUGAGGUACAAUUUGUCCAUUCACUAAUAUUAACUGAGGUACAAUUUGUCCAUUCACUAAUAUUAACUGAGGUACAAUUUGUCCCUAAUAUUAACUGAGGUACAAUUUGUCCUUAUAUUAACUGAGGUACAAUUUGUCCAUUCACUAAUAUUAACUGAGGUACAAUUUGGUCAAACUUUCUAGCUGUACUCGACAAAGAGAGUAUGACAGACGCAUUGAAAGCUUAUUGGGUAAGCUGCACUCAUGACAGGUGCAUUGUCGCCAUAUGGGCUGGAGGAGCUGUCCAUUACCUUUACCCAACCCACCCCAAUGAAACACUGACACUUUUGGGUAUGGGUCAAUAUGUCCACAGCUUUUACUUAUAUAUUUAUAAUAAGAUAAUAAUAAUAACAAUAACAUAAAAAGUCAUUGCCCACCCCCAAAUCCUCAGCCAUCCAACACUAUAACUUUCCCACAUAUGAAUUCGCAAGGCAAUGACCCAUCAUAUAUAUAACAUAACAUUGUAUAACAAUCCAUAAGUAUAACAAAACAAGAUCCAACAUUUUCCACACGAACCUGCCAGGGGUAGACCUUGAUACCCCUACACCACCUGGGUUCUGAGCUACCAACGAGCUCGAAACCACCAUAGAUGAGUACCAACAGGUUACCAGUCCAUAUUAAAACAGCCAACUCACUACUCUUGCUCUUCUCUUCUCCCAAAUCCCUAUGCAUAUCUUAAUAAAUUGAGACCAUUUAGCAUUCCAUUAGUGACCCUUACCCUAUCACAUCUUUCCACCACUUUUCAGAACACUACACUUUGCUGUAUCUCCACUACUGUAUCGUGGCUGGAGGUGGGGACAGAUUAAUCCCCUCAAAGUCUUUUAUCAAUGAGAAAUGAGUGAAAAAGUCUCUGAUUGCUUUCAGAAUGAGGUAGAUAGGUUCUGGACGAAUAAGAAUUGUAGAUUUAAAAAAAACUAAAAGUUACUUUAAGGGUUUUUUUCAGUCACAUUUUAAUUGGUCUGGUAUACCAUUAUUAAGUUGUUCUGUUUUAUCUAGGGUGGAUCAGUCAUCAGGAUGUUAUCUGACUUUCUCUCUGAAGAACUGUUUGUUCAAGGAUUGUCUGUAAGUAAUUCAUUCUAAAGCCAAAUUAACCAUGACCAAAUUACUUUUUAAUACUAAGCCAUUUUUGUAACUCAAAGCUCCUUGAUUCAUUUAUGAAAAAUUAGCAUAUGUAUAUAUAUAUAUAUAUAUAUAUAUAUAUAUAAAAAGGAAAUAUGCAAAAAGAACUUUACUCCAUUGAUGCUAAAAAACAUAACCUUUUUUUCCAGACCUACCUGAAAGAAUUCCAAUAUAGUAAUGCAGUGUACAGUGAUUUAUGGACUCAUCUCCAAACAGUAAGCAACACUUUUGUAAUGUGAUCUUUUGUUAAUGGAAACUCAUAUUAUGCUUUAAAUGCUGUUAAUACGCUAAUCCUACAAAGCUAAACUUUCAAAAGCAAGAUUGCCUUAAAAGGAAUAAUAAUCUUGUGUAAUGACAAGCCAACUCAUAGAAGUUGCCACCGUUCUCAUUAAUACCAUUUCUUGAAAGUUAGGCAUGAAUCUAGGGGCCUAUCCUUUUAAACAGAGGUGUAACUAGAAAUCACGGAGCUCCGGUUCGAAAAUUGCCCUGGGCCCUCCCUCAUACAUCUAUUCUCCCACACGUCCCAGGCCCCGCAACCCCUUCAUACAUCUAUCCCUAACUCCCAUACGACCCCCCAGACAACCAGAUAUACAUGCAGACACACACAUACAUAGAGACACACAUAGACAUACACACAGAGAUACAGACACACAUACAGAGAAACAUUCAUACAGAGACAUAUACAAAAUGUUUUAGUCACCCUCCUGAUCCUACCUUUUAGAUGCAGGAGAGUGACUUCCCUGGGGUCCAGCCUGAUGGGAGUCAGAUUUUCCACUUUGACUCCCUCCUCUCCUUCCUCCCGCGCGGUUCCCGGUGUAAGUUCCCACGGCUGUCACUUCCUCCCAUUUGUGAUGUCAUCAAAGGGGGCCCGGUCGUACUGUUAAAUCGCCACAGCGCUGCCUGGGCUCCCUGGAAAUUCAUUGCCAUCGGGUGGCCCGAACAGCAUGGGCCACCCGAUGGGCCCCUUCAAUACGGCCCAGGCGGUUGUACCGCACGGGCCGGGACCACGUUACUUAGCCGGCGGGCACCGGCGUCACAGGGGUCUGCAGGGUGACCAGGCCCCCUGGAGUAACGGCCCCGGUCGCAGCUGCGACCCCUGCGACCGCUGUAGUUCCGGCACUGCUUUUAACGAUCAUUAGCAAGUGGCUAACAAAGCCAUUUAACCUGUUUUGCUAUUAACCUCAUCAAAGACUAUAGUUUUCAGACAAACAAAAAAGUGACUUUGCUUUCUUACUAAUCACAGCUGAUAUCUUCAGAUAUCAGUAGACUUAGUGAGCAACUUGUCAAGAUUCCUUUUUAUUGCGGAUUCAUGAAAAGGCAAGGCUGUUCACUAAUUUGAAUUAAAGGGAUACUAUAUGCACCAAAAUAACUUUAGGCUUAAGAAGCAGUUAUAGUGUAUACCUCAUGCCCCUGUAGUCUUAGUGCCCAAUUAUCUUCCUUUUUUGGAGUUAAACCACUUUUACUUCUAUUAAGGUAGGUAGCUACACCUCCCAUGGCUAUGAUUCACACAGUUUACAUUAAAAAAAUUGUUUCAUUUUCACUCUGCAUAGUGUGUUCACUUUAGAAGUUUUUAACUCAUGCUCUGUUAAUUGAACUUUAAUCAAACACAGGAGGUUCCUGUAGGCUCUAGCAGGCUGUUAACAGAGCAGAGCAGGAGAUAAAACAUUUUUAUCUUGAACUAUGCAAUAAAGGAAGUUUAAACAUUAGAUCUAUUUUACAGGAAAUGUCUAGGGAGACUGUGUAAGUCACAUGCAGGAGAGGUGUGGGUAGGGAUACAUAUACAAAGUUAUUUAACUCCUAAAUGACAUAGAACUAAGCAGUGAGACUGCAUUGGCAUGCUCUAUACACCAAAACCACUCUAUUAGGAUAAACUUGUUUGGGUGCUUAUAAUGUCCCUGUGAUAUUAAAUAUUAAUUGAACAGUAAAAACAUCUGAAAUGUUGGCAGUUUAGGAAUUUAGAUUACAUAAACUGAUAUGAUGACUAAUAAUUAUGCACUUUCAAUCAUACCACUCCUUAUUCGAAUACCAAGAAACAUAAAAGUGUAAAUUCACUAUACUCUAUGACACCUGAUUCCACCACUCCUAACAACCAGUGAAAAUGUCACCUCUUGAGAAGCUUCUCUGAAGAUAUCUAAAACACAUCAAUCCACGUGACUAGAGUUCCACAGCUGGAUAGGUGCUAUCUAGUGAAAUAAACAUUAAUAUUUUUUUCCCAGAAUCAUUCAUUUACUGCCUAUAAUUACAAUCAAAUUGUCUAUAUGCCAAAUUUACUUCUAUUUAAAAUACUUUUAUAUGUAUUAUUUAUAAUUCUUCUUCCUAGGCAGUGGAUAAGGCUGUGCCAUCCAUUAAUCUGCCUCAGUCAGUGGCUGAGAUCAUGGAUACAUGGGUUUUACAGAUGGGAUUCCCAGUAGUGACAUUCGAUACAAAAAAUGGACUCGUAACUCAGAAGCACUUCCUCUUAGACCCAGACUCCAAUGUCACUCGUCCAUCAGACUUUAAGUAUGUAGAAGAGAGAACAUUGUUGUCUUGCUUGGACAAAAAAAAAAAUUGUUAAAAAAAAUAGGUUAUGGAACACCAUUCUUGUUUUAUUGUACAUGGAGAAGAGAUGCAUUUAUGUACAAGAGGGAUGUGAGAGAAGUGUUUAUUUAAACAGUAAAAUAAUGUAUAUAUGGGAGAAACAGAGACAGAUUAUUUGAUCCUUAUUUAAAGACAGUAUUCUAUUUACCAUGUAGCACCAGCCAAAGUCUCCAGAAAGUGUUAAAUGGCCUGCAUUGACAUUACUGACAAUACUGUAAUGCAUUGUUUGUCAAUUCUUUUACAGUUAUAAUUGGAUUGUACCAAUUUCAUACACUAAAAAUGCAUCUCCAGGAAAAUACUGGCUCCAAGGACCUUCAGGUAUAAUUUACUUUAUUAACAUUAAAAAUAACCCAAUCAUAUUUGUAAAAAAAAUAAGUAAAGUUGUCUUUUAGUAGGGAUAGAAUACAAAAAAAAAUGUGUGUUUGUAUUAUUAUUUCUUAUUUUUAUUACUUCCCAGUCCAUAAAUUUGCCUUUCCCUUAUGUAUCCCAUUUAAAAGGAAAAACUAUUUUUUUUUUUUUAUUUGGUGCAGAGUAACACAGGUAGUAGUUAGAAAUUGAUGGAAGUAAAGGCUAGUACUUAGAAAUUACAACCAUUAUUACUAUAUGUAUACUUUGUGCUAAGAGAGCACUUGGCCUUGUAAAACAAUGGAUUAUUGAGAGACAUUUAGUCUGACAACAACUUGACAGUGGGAUGCUAGGGACCUCUUAAACAGAAAACUGCACCUCUUAGGAGAACUGGAUAUUUUAUUACUGAGAUAUACCAUGAAAAAAUACAUUCUACAUAACAGAGAAUUACAUGAGAAGUUAAACUAUAUGUUCAAGCAUAUUAUAUUACAAUACAUUAAAAGUAAUCAUAUUCUGUAAAACUGUAAAUAGGUAAGCACAAGUAAAAUUUGUUGUAAACAUUUAUGAUAGAUUCAAAUUUGAUGCAAGUUAAUAAAUCAGUUUUAAAUGAGGUUUACAUUUUACCAGGGCUGUAGCUUAAAUAGAUAAAAUGUGUUUCUAGAAUAAUCUAGCACAUUCAAAGCAAUGUAUUUAUUAAUUAUUGUUUAUUGGGUGAAAUAGAGUGAGAUAAAGAAACAUUACCUGUUAGCAGUUAUACUAAUAUAAAUUACAAGUAAACAAUAGAUUAUAACCUAUUAGAUAGAGUGAGUUGUAUUUAACAUUGCUUUCCAAAUAUUUCUCAUGGUUAGAGACAAACAAUGAUUUUAAGUUGGCUGAAAAUGAAUGGCUUCUAGCAAACAUCAAUGUAACAGGAUACUACAGAGUUAAUUAUGAUGAAGGAAACUGGGACAAGCUCAUUGCACAACUGGAGGCAGAUCAUUCAGUGAGUAUACUAUGACUAUGACUAUGACUACUAUGACUAUACGUUAUAACAUAUUAAACUUUAACAAGCCAUUGCCAAAUUGUCAAAUGCUUUUUACUCCUAUUCAUUAGACGAACUAGCCUUCUAAGAAAUGUAUUUUGAGUAUGCAUGCAGUGUGCGCAUAAUUAACUUAUUUGAUUGUUUCCCCAAGAAAUUAUAUUACAUUACUGCACUUCAGCUAAACCUGUCUAAAAGACGAUGUCUAAAUCAUUGCUUCACCAAACCAUGAUACUGCUGUUGUAACAUUUAUAUAAAGCACCCAACUGUGUGCACUUCCAUUAUCAUGAUCAAAUACAGUAUAGAAUCCAUAAGUGAAAGAUGUUCUAUUUAAUAUUACACCAUAGUGCAUUGAUUUCAUUUGCCAGCUCACAUGAUAGACUAUGAUUGAAUAGUCUGCCAGGAAAAAAAAAGUGUAUAUGUUAGGCUUCAGUAAAGAAAAGGCUAAUGCUUCAAAAAAAAUCUCUACAUUGUUUUACAGAUAAUUCCUGUCAUUAACCGUGCCCAGAUUAUUGAUGAUGCCUUUAAUUUGGCCAGGUGAGCUACAUCAAGAACUGCCAGUUAAAUGUAGCAAAUUGAAGUGAUGUUGACUUUUAUGAACUGCACACAAACACUGAAUUUUUAGUAGCAGCAAUAACAACGGAAGCCGGGUCGAGUGAUGUAAGCCCCAUGACUACUUCCACAUUGAAUAGAGGCAUUGUUGACUUCACUUUGAGCUGCAGCUUAUGCAUGCUCUGUGUUUUCCAAUUUUGCCUAUGUGCAGCCACUGACAAAUUGUAAAGUGAAAUCUUAAAUUCAAACUGAAUGCUGCAAUCUGGGCCCAUGUUGUACAUGUGGGCAUAUCUGUUAAAAGUCUAAAACUAGCAACUGAGCAGCCAUUGUCCCAUGGUAUAGGGCCUGUGAAAUAGCUGGGCGUGGACGUAGCACCCCAUGCCUGCACCUAUGAACAUCAAAAAUUGGCAUUAUCAAAAAUUGGCAACCCAAUGCCCACUCCCUUGCCCCCACCCAUUCCCUUAGCUACAAUAUUAAAGAGGGAGCACCUAAUGUCCAGCUAGCACCCAUUGGUAAUGGGUUGGGGCUCUAAUGUCCCCCAGCCCCCAAACAAGGGCAGCAAGUUGGACUUCUUAAAAGUAAAUAAUAAAACAAUGUAGUGGUGGACAUGCCAUUGUCCCCAAUGGACCAUACCUGUCACCUCACCCUAAUAAAAGUGAGGGAAUAAUAAAACGAAUAUAUAUUAAACAAAUUUGCUUCCCAUUAGUCUUCAGAUCUGCCCUCCCCAUUAUUAUUUUUAAUGUCCCCCACCCAAUGCCCACAGGCAAGAGCAGGUUUUUUUCACAGGCUAUUCUAGUGAUUGGGUAGCGAUAGCUGCCGAGUCACUGGUUUAAAACAUUUAGCAGACAUGCCCUCAUCUGCUGCAUGGCAGGUGUGAGCAUAGGGAGGAUUUAGACCUCCCUUAUAUGAACAUAGGAGUCUUUUUGGUGUGUUAUUGGGAGUGUUAGGGUGUAAUUAUAAAAUUCAAUUUAGCACACGUUGACUUUUCUCUUUGAUUACAUUGCAAUAAGAUUUUUCUGCAUUGUUUAGAAAUUGGAUAUUCAAGGUAUGUGUUUAUCUUCAUUAAGUAAACUAUAUGUAUUUCAAAUGUGUUUCAGAGCAAUGUAUAUCAACACAACAAGGGCUUUAGACACCACCAAGUACCUCUCUAGUGACUUUGAAUACAUGCCUUGGCAGGCCGCACUGAGCAAUCUGAAUUUCUUUACGCAGAUGUUUGAUCGCUCGGAGGUGUACGGACCAAUGAGGGUAAUCAUUUUAUCGUAACUCUGAUAAUCACAAACACAGCUGUGAUCGGGCAGAAUUUUCCCAGUAACAUCUUAUCAUUAGAAAAUAAAUUUAUAGUUUUACACUUUUAGCAAAUUUUCUCUGAUGGAAUGUUCUGCUUUCUACAGGAAUACAUGAAGCAACAGAUCUACCCAGUGUUUAAGCACUUUGAAACCAUGACUGUAAAUUUUACUGUACGAUUAGAAUCGUUAACAGACCAGUAAGUUGGAGCAUAAUUUAUUUUAUUUAUUUAUUUAUCAAAUAUUUUACCAGGAGAGAUACAUUGAGAUUUCUCUCGUUUUCAAGUAUGUCCUGGAUCCAGAAAACAUUGAUUGCAUUGAUACAAUAGGGUACAAUAAAAUACAAAAACAAUAUUAAUACACAAUAUAUACAAAAUUUACCAUAAAACAGGUAGGAAAUAUAUAAUCAACCAUGACAGGUGCAUUCUGUUUUGAGGUUUGUAGAGAGGGAUCUUUUAAAGGACUUUAGGCUUGGGGAAGAUUUUAAAGUCUGUAUGAGGUUGUUCCACAAUUGCGGCGCUCUGUAGGAGAAGGAGGGUCGGGACGCUUUCUUUUUGUAUUGAGGUAGACUAAAUAAUGACUGAUUGCAGCAGGUACUUCUAAUAUCCAGUAUUGACAUUCCAUUAUUUUCAGUCAUACCAUUCAGAACUUGGAAUACAUGUGUAGAGAAUAGCCCACUCAGUGCUUUAACAUGUGACAGUAGAUAAGAUCAGCUCAUCUAGUCUACCCAAUUUUCUUAAUACUUCCAUUAGUCUCUUAUAUCUAGGAUAGCAUUAUGCCUAUCCAAGGCAUGCUUCACUGUGUUAACUUCUACCACUUCAGCUGGAAGGCUAUUCCAUGCAUCCACUACCCUCUCAUUAAGUAAUACUUCCUGAUAAUAUUUCUAAAUGUUUGCCCCUCUAAUUUAAGACGAUGCCCUCUUGACUAAGUCUACAUCUCCAGGUGAUGCGACACAGAUCCCCAUAUAUAGCCUCCUUGGAAUGAGAGAUAUGUGCCUCUAUCAGCACCUCUCCUUUUCUGUGUUUCAGCAUCACCUCAAUUCUGGCUUUAUGGCGACAAAGUCCUUGGAUAUGGCAUCAUAUUCUGGCACUGUGUCAGUAAUGAGUGAACAGGAGGAUAAGAGAAAGAAUGCCAAUUUAGAUCUGUGCCACUCUGCUAGAACAAAUACAUGCAAAGUCUGGAUAAAGUCUGGAUAAUUUAGAGCAAUAGGGGAACUCCUUAGAAGAAUAUUUAAUCACAUCACCUCCUAUCUCACUGUUUUCCUCUGUCCCUGAGACUCUUUGGAAACCCCCAUCAAAACACACCCACACAUAAGUAGAAUUCCUCCUGUGAUGCUCACUCAGCAAGUGACCCUGGUAUUUAACACAGGGCAUGAACAACAUAUGACUUGUACUGAAGGUUACUUGCAGAUUACCGCAGAUGCCAGAAUAUUCCAUAAUUUUAGUGGAGAUAUUUGUUUUAGUAAGUAAUUGUAUAUCUAGUUACUGAUUUUAUUUUUCCUUUGCAGAUAUAAUGAAAUAAACACUGUGAGCACUGCAUGUAGCUAUGGCAUUCCGGAAUGUACUGAAUUGGCAACAAAACUCUUUAAUGAAUGGAAGAAUACUAACAUUAAUGGGUAUGUUUAUCUUCCGCGUAGCAGCUGUUCCAAGCAGUACAUGUCACUGAAGGACCGAUGGUGACAAUAAUCUGUUAGGGAUCACAUAAUUUCCAUGCUGUCAUCAGGAAUAUUAAAGACACUCUGAAAAUUAUCUCUCUAUUUGCCUUGCUUUCAUUCUUUCUUUCUUAUUUUUUCUCUUCCUCCCUUUCUUAUUUAUUACUCUUUUUUCUUCUUUCUGUUUCAUUAACUAUAUUCAACAAUGUCACUCAUACACUAGAGGGUCUUAUAGAGACCAUCUGAUGGGCACAGCACAGUGUUUUGCCGCGCAUGCACACUAGCUUCCCAAUGUUUUACUAUGGGAAAGCAUUGGAAUGGUUGAGAUUAUUCAUGAUCUCAGCCGAGAAGGCAUGCAAAAAGGACCGGGAUCCGGUGCUGCAAAGUAAGUCCCCUAAAGGGCCACUAGUGCAUUAUAAUGUUAGCAAUACACAUUUGUAUUCCUAACGCUCUAGUGUUCCUUUAACUAAAGUUCAUUUUUCCCAUAAGAAAAAGUAAUCAAUAUCUACACAAUAUUUAAUCAAUAUUUUAUAUGUAUAAAAAAAGUUAAAGUAAAUAAAAAAAAAAACUUUUUUUAAAAAUGAGGGAAAAUAGUGGUAAAAAAAAAAGAUCACUUAAAACCCCCCACCUAUGUAGCCUACCAACUGCACCAAUAUAUGACAAAGCUUGCACUGUGCCAUAGAGAUGUACUAAUUUUGAGCUGUUCUUACUUUUUUCCAUGUUGAAACUGUAGCAGGUUAGUAGAUAUAUUUGAAUGUUUCUAACCAAUGUAUUAUGUUUGAUUUUGUCUGAUAGUAUUCAUCCAAAUUUGAGAUCAUCCAUUUACUGUACUGCGGUGGCUCAGGGAGGAGAAGAGGCAUGGAAUUUUAUAUGGGGACAAUUUGAAGCAUCAGACAAUGCACAAGAAUCAGACAAGCUGAGGGCUGCUUUAGCCUGCGCCAAAGAGCCAUGGAUACUCAACCAGUGAGUAUCUUUUUGUUUGUGCCCCUAUCUAUUUGUCCAAUUCGUGAAUCCAUAUCUGUCCCUUGUAAUCCAUAUCUGUCCCUGUGCCACUUGUAAAUUUCUCCAGCUCUUAAUCUUUUGUGUCCUCUGUCCUAUUUCUGAUUAUACUCCAUCUCUAUUUCAUUGUCUGGGUCCGGUCACAUUUGUUACUUCUACCCCCUAUCUGUAAAUCCUACACACAUCAUCCCACUUAAGAAGCUCAAAUAUAGGAGGGGCUGAGCUAGCAGCCAUCAUGCUAAGUCACAUUCCCUAUGAGCUCCAGGAGAUAAGCUGAUUUGAGCCCAUUUUAAGAUGAGCAGAGAGCCCGAAAUGGAGCCCUGGCGAUACCUACCACCUUCGGCCAACAUGGGGAAAAAGACCUGCAAGUCCUGGUCAGAAAGGAGUGAGGGAUCCCGUGAUAUUGGGCAUCUGUUCUGCACUAGCCCGCAACCCAAGAUGGCGGCCCCGCCGCGAAGAAUACCUUCCUGCUCCUCGGGAGAUCUGGAGUAUGAUGCUCCAGACCCAAUCCCAGAAGCCAGGGCCACGUCUGACGGAUAACAAAGGUAGUUGAAGACAGUGUCCCAAGGGCGACCUGAAACAUCUCCUGAAUGAGCUCCGCACAGUGUUCCAAGCUGACUGCGCACUGAUCCAGGAGGAUGUGCAUACCCUCUCCGGUCGUAUAAAAUCAGUGGAAGAUGAAUCUGUGACAGCCUGUCAGACUCAACUCGACACUGCCCUACUCACCCAGCAGCUCACACAUCAACAUGUAACACUCAGCCACUGGGUAGCAGGUCUGGAAGACACCCUGCGCCGUCGAAACCUGAAGAUCAGGGGGGUUUGCAGCGACAUUUGCACUGCAGAACUGCCUCAGUGCAUCAGAUGCUUACUGUCCUCCCUACUGCCACCUAAGCAGGUGAAAUUGAUGCUCCUUGAAGGGAUAUACCGAAGGGCCGUUCCCGCGGUCCCACGAAAGCUCCUCUGAAAGACAUGAUUGUGACAUUUCGCUCUCUUGCUGACAAAUGGGCAGUGCUGUCUGUCCAAGACAGACAACCACUGGACUUUGAAAGCUAAAAUCUGUCUUUCUAUGAAGACCUGAUUCUUCCAGGCACUCGGUCUGCCGGACCAACUAGCCCCAGCAUUCACCCUCAACUCAUCUCCACAAUGGAACAUUAAAAACGUGAUGCCAUUCAUGCCCAGGAACGCACCAGGCAAUGGGUGAAUGGGUAUCCUGAUAGCCCUGUGUUAAUCCAGGACGUUUAACUACUGAUGCAGUUCCCCAUGUUACAUGUUGUUCUUUAGCUCAUUACCCUUUUGCUUUAUUACUUAUCUGUUCCUAUUUUAGCAUUUCUUAAAGGCAUGACCUCCACUAGUGAGGAACACUCAAUGUCUCUCACCUCAGCAACGCACGAUGGCCAUUUGCGCCUUUAAUACAACCCUCUCCACCCCUUACACCCCAGGGUAAUGGGGUGCUGAUUUGAGCUGGUCAGAAACAGGAAAGGAUAGAUAUUCCUAUAAUGUGAUGCCUACCGUGCAAACCCAAGCUGAUCACCAGACCUCACAUGUCACAUACCACUUUCCAUACCUUUGCCUAACCUAGCAAGUGCUAGUAUUCUUAUUUUCUCUCUUGUGUUCUUAUAUAUAAAAUGAGGUGUGUACUACUGAAUGUAUUGCAAUAUCUUGAACCACUUGUCUAUGCUUGAGCAUUACACAUAUUUUAUUUUGUACUGUGCAAUUUACCUCAAUAAAAUACAGAGUGACAAAAAAAAAGAAGCUCAAAUAUUUGAGUUGUUCCCUUUCAUUAAACUUUUUUUCAUUUAAAAAUUCCUUUUGUUGUAUUCAUCUAUUUAUGUUUAAGACGCCUCCUCCUGAGAAUGGGAUCUCCAUCAUUAGUCCUUGCAAAGACACCUAGAAGCAAAGUGCUCAUCUUCAUAGUGUGCACGGGUUGCAGCUGAUCAGCUGACCUGUCAAGUCCUGGUUUUGAUUUCAUAAUUGCAUGAAAGGACAUUAAUACCCACAGUGCCCUUGGCAGGUUACUGGUUUGGGGUCACGCCCCCAUUCUGCACUUAGACAUUGUGAAUGGAGCCAAAUUCAGGAUUCCAGCACCCUUGCAUUUCGCCUGGGACCUAGUCAGCCACACAAGGUCACCUUAUGUUUAACCCUGCUUUGGGAACACUGCAUUCAAAGGUGAUAUUACAGAUAUGAAUAUAACCAAUCACAUAGCCCUAUGUUUGUUGGUGCCAACUGCCCUAAGAUCUUAUUAAAGCUCUUUUCAUAUAUGAACUUUUUUCAGCUCCUUGUGAGUUUAAAAAGGAUAUAUUUAUAAUAGGAAAAAUAUUUAGAGCAAAAAGGCUACAAAAGGUCCAUAUAGAGUAUUAUAGUAUGUAGCACAUUAAAUAUAAAGACAGAAUAUGGACACCUUAAAUAUAAAAGAAUAGUGGAAGGGGACAUCUAUUGCUGAUAGGUGCCUACUGUUCAUUGCUUAUUAACGCUAUGAUGCUUGACCAUUCUGUAUUACGUUAUGUUAAUGGUCGUGGAAUCUUUGGACCAGCCUACAGUUUUUAAAUAAGUCCUUUCCUACAGACUCCUGGAAUAUUCACUGGACACCAAUAAGAUUCGCAGACAGGAUGCAAUCUCCACCAUUAGCAGCAUUUCCAGUAACGUGAUAGGACAGAAUCUUGCUUGGGACUUUGUGAGAGCCAAUUGGAUUACCAUAUUCCAAUAGUAAGUGUCUUUUACUUGUCUUUGGUUUUCAGAUUGCCUUUAAUCCAAACCGGGUAAUCCUGAGUGGAGAGCUCUCAUAUUGAUACAAUGUUAGUUCUCAAUUAGGUUGCCAUUAGUGGUAAGCUUUUUCCAACUCAUUUUGUAACUCUUGAAGAUUCAUCUUUUGAAGUUAAAGUUUUGAUUGUUUUGAAAUUUCAAUAAAACAUUGAAACAUACAACUUACAACAAUACAACAUUCAACAUUCAGGAAUCAGCAAAUAAGCAUAUCAAGAGCAGGAUUGAACAGAGGUAAACAAGGAACAAAACAGUAAUUUUAUGCUACCGGGAUACAAAGGCAGUUUGGCGAAGGCCCUUACCUGUUUCAGCAUUACGGUGUCCCUGUGCACAUAGUGUGGCUCAUGAACACAUGGUUUGACAUGUUUGGUGUGGAGGACCUCAAGUAGCUUGUAUAGAGUUUUCAAAUUAAGCCCAUUGCACACUUUGUUAUGAAUUGGAGCACUGAUUACUAUGCAGACCUUCUCGUCCAAAAUCAUUGUUUGUCCUCAUAAAUGCUGAUUUAGUUGAACACACUUGCAUUCCCACAGACACAAUCCCAAAUCUUGUGGGAAGCCUUCCCAGAACAGUUGGGAAAAGGUGAUGAAGCAACUCCAUUUAUGUGUGAUGGUCAGAUGUCCCCAUGCUUUUUGCAUAGCGUACGCCCCACUUGUUUCUGUUACCCUCAGCUUGUUUUUUUGUUUUGUUUUUUUAGCUAGUAUUUGUUUAAUUUACAUGUCUUUCAAAGAAUUACAAGCUACAGAUGUGGGAGAAUUCAAAUCAUUCAUUGCACCAUGAACUAAUAAUUGGAUUUACGAUAUUUGUCCAAAAUAGUAGAAUUGAAGUAUGUGCAAUUCUCAGGUCACUUAUUGAUAAUUCACAGUUUCGUGAAUAAGUUUGAUAGGUGUAUAGUCACAAACAUAUGUAUAAGAAUAUUGUAAAUUGUUGACAAAAAUAGGAGAAUAUGAAACAUUCAGGUUCAAAUCUAGGUAUCUCUUUUUCCAAGCCACCAUAGCUUCUUGGUUCAUCAACUAAUAUAUGAUUUGAAUUAAAUGCUGGACACUUGAAUAAGCACUUGUUACAUUAUUUUUUUAUUUACUUUUGGAUGUAUUUUUUCUUGUAGCUUUGGAGGGAGCUCUUUUUCCUUUGGUAACGUGAUUGAACGGUUGUCUCGACGCUUUUCUUCUGACUUUGAACUUGAACAGGUAAGAAAUGUGAAUAUUUGUCUGAAUGUUAAAGGGACACUCCAUUACCCAAAUAUGAAAAAAGAAAACUAACUCUUUAGUAGAUAUAACCUUGAUGUAAACAUGCAUGCAUUUAAUUAUAUAUUUUUUUCUUCGGGGUUAUACCUUAAAACAGUUUGUAAAAGCUACAGAUCUGUUGUCUGAAGUAUUUGGUAGCCCUCCUCUUCUAACCCCACCCAGACUUUCUGUGACUGUCCAAUCAAAGACUUCCAAAUGCAGCUCAAUGAGAAGUCUUUGGAAGGAAGGUUCUUGCUGCCUCUUGAGUUUAGCUCAAUUGAUCUAAACAAACAAGGAAGUAACAGGACUGGAGAGGUCUUCUCUCCUAAUCAUCCAAACAAAAAACAAAAAAAAAAUUGAGUCAGAAAGACCCAAUAUAUCAUGGCACACCAGGAGUAGGGUGCACACUGGGACUAUUCACCGGGCUGCACAUUGCAUGGAGACCCAUGCGGCAUCUUACAUGGUGCCCCUUACACUGUUGUGCCCAAUCCUCAUAUGAAUGCCAGAGACCCUGAGGACUUAGCCAAAACCCUGCAGUAGCUGAGGGUGGUACAAGGGAGCCAGUAAGAUGAACUGGAAAGCCCAAUAUGGUACCUUCGCUGAGGAGAGGGAAGAUUGAUAUAUGCAAAGUGAGAGUGCCAACCCCUGUAAAAUAGUCCCACCUUGAGAGUACAACCUCAAUGUCUGCCCCAAAGCUCACUGCUUAGAUGUCUUGUGAGUUUCUAGGUGUUACCAGUCAUAGCAAUUAGGCAAUCUCAUGCUCACCCCAUAUAGAUAAUACAAUAGGUGGGAAAUAAAAAAAAAUACAUUAUCAGUCUUACAUACUACAGGAACAUAAAGAUUAUUAUUAGGCAAUAUUUUGCCUACAGUUAUUGUCUAUCCAUGUACUGACCCCUGCCUGUCUUUGACUUUGAACUUAUGCCUCAUGGAUCUUCCUCUCUCCUGUCUGAACUUACCUUUGGAACGUCCUACCUGUUUGACACAUUUGGAAUAAGGAGACUUUUCCCUCUUAAAGUGACAGUUCUCCUUGCAAUCUCUUGCUUAUUGAGUACUUCGGUAACCUAAUAUCUUUAUAUCUAAAUACAUUUACGAAAAUUAAAACAAAUCAACAACCGUGCUGUUUUUUUUCUUUUUUUUUUUUUUAGCUCAUGCUGUUCAAAAGUCAAACCCCGGAUCUUGGGACAGCUGCUCGAGCUCUGGAUCAAGCCAUAGAAAAGACACAAGCAAACAUCAAAUGGGUGAAUGGAAAUAAAGUGGCUGUACUGAACUGGUUCAAGAGUGCACUAAAGCCAAGGAACAUCUGAAACUCACUACUUAUUACAUUAGAAAAGAAAGUUUACAACCCUCAUGUGCUUGCCAUCAAGAUUCUUCACUACUCCAUAUUAUGAUCUUGAUUUAGUAUAUAAAAAUAUAAUAGCUUUUCAAAGGAUUUAUUAUUUAUGGAUAAACUUUUAAAAAAAGUAUAUCGUAUAUAGGAAAUAUAUCAAUAUAUUUUAAGAAAUAGCAAACUAUUACAAAAGUAUUAAAUCAUUCUAAAAGUGUAACCAAAAAUUAUUAAAUAAUGUAAAAAGCGUACCCAACAAUAUUAACCCGAGGUCUAUGUGUGAGAUGAAGCAUUGUAUCAUGGGGUAGAAGAUACAUCUCAAUCCUCACUACUGAAAAUCCAUAAGAAGCAGCAAUCUUUGUUAUCUAUAGUUUUGUGGAUUUCUAUGAAUUACCUUUUAAAAUGAAAGAGAAAUCCAUUAUUUUCAUAAACAUAACCAAACGUUAAAGUUCUGGUCCCUGUGACACAUGGGGGCUUAAUAUGACACACCACUUAACAUCAUGUACGUUUAUUUAAAUGUUUACAAUAUCUGUGUACAUAAUAAUGAUUGAUUUUGUUUUUUCAGAAAAUGUUAAACUAAAACGAAAUACAAUAAGAAAUGUAAUUAUUAAUUUGUUUUGGGGGUUUGCUUUUUUAAGCAAUGUAAAAUAAAAAAUGAAUCAAGAAG